GUUACCAAUAUCACCUCCAGCAUAUUCCAACACUAGAAGGAAUUUCAAAUAGACGGGAACGUGUGUGUGCCUGUGCGACUGCGAACAAUCAUGUCGCUGACUAGAACUGAGAGGGUCAUCUCGUCUACCCUACGGCGAGGUCUCACCCACCCGACAUCUCGAGCUUUGCUUGCUCCGACUUUGGCCCUAGGUGCUUUGAGAACCUUUCACAAUACAACCAAAUAUCUAGCUCCUUCGCAACACGGUUUAACAGGUCUCGGUACCAUCCCGCCCUCUUAUUUCCAACGCCCCUCCCUCCCCGCCAACACUGUUAUUCGUUUCGUACCCCAGCAGACAGCAUGGAUCGUCGAGCGCAUGGGAAAGUUUAACCGCAUUCUCGAGCCCGGUCUCGCUAUUCUCGUCCCGUUCCUCGACCGAAUCGCCUAUGUCAAGAGCCUGAAGGAAGUAGCUAUCGAAAUACCCAGCCAGAGUGCCAUCACAGCCGACAAUGUGACUUUGGAGCUUGAUGGUGUACUGUAUACCCGAGUUUUCGACGCUUAUAAGGCCAGUUACGGCGUAGAAGAUGCCGAAUACGCAAUUUCGCAGCUCGCCCAGACGACCAUGCGCAGCGAAAUCGGCCAGCUAACCCUCGACCACGUCCUCAAGGAGCGCGCCGCCCUCAACAUCAACAUCACCGCAGCCAUCAACGAGGCGGCGCAAGCCUGGGGCGUCACUUGUCUGCGUUACGAGAUUAGGGACAUCCACGCCCCGGAUGCCGUCGUCGAGGCCAUGCACAGGCAGGUCACAGCCGAGCGAUCCAAGCGCGCCGAAAUCCUAGAGUCCGAGGGCCAGCGCCAGAGCGCUAUAAAUAUCGCAGAGGGUAAGAAGCAGAGCGUUAUUCUGGCCUCCGAAGCCCUUCGCGCCGAGCAGAUCAACCGCGCCUCCGGUGAGGCCGAGGCUAUCCUCAUGAAGGCCAAAGCAACCGCGGCUGGAAUCGAUGCCGUCGCCCGCAGCAUCAGCAGCGGAGGCUCUUCCGCCCAGGGCGCUGUCAGCUUGAAUGUUGCCGAGAAAUAUGUCGAUGCCUUCGCCAAGCUAGCGCGCGAGAGCACCGCUGUCGUCGUACCGGGCAAUGUGGGCGACAUCGGUGGUAUGAUUGCUACAGGUCUAAGUGUCUACGGCAAGGUAGGCGAGGCCCAGAGCCGCACCAUGGCCAAGCAGCUGCUAGAGAAGGGCGAGAAAGCCUCGGAGGAAGCAGCAGGACCUAAAACCAGCAAGAGCGUCGUCGACUCGAUGGUGCGCGAAUUCGAUAACACCGCCAAGAGGUAGUAAGAGAGAGAGAGGGAAAAAAAGGCGCAGCU